GGAUGCGCAGGCGCAGAGGCUGCCGCCCCGUGCGGGUCCCGCUUCGGAGCCGGGCGGAGAGGGGCGGUCGCUAGCUGGCCCUCACCUCGUCCCGUCGCUUCUGCUGGCCCGAGUGACGACCUCGGUGGCGGGCGGGGGGCGUCGCGGGACGUUGGGCGCGUGCUGCGGACCGUCCCAGAGCCCGCCGCUCGCGCCUGACGCCUCAAGUGCUGAAGAUAGAACCCAGGGCAUCGUAUGUGCAAGCCAUGUCUCUACAUUGAAAUGGCUGAAGUCCACAGGGUUGGCCACCUGAUCCCAAUGAUAUGCUCAGAGCUACGCUUAUUCCCAGGCUGCUGUGACAACUCGGUGGCCCCACCAUGUCCAGGCCCCAGGCCCAGGAGCAGGCAGUGGAUUCUGAGGGAGACUCAUCCCUAUACAGGAGAGACGAGGAGGGGACCCAGAGCUCCCACCGCAUGCUGGGCUUCAGUGAUGCACUACUAUCCAUCAUCGCCACUGUCAUGAUUCUGCCUGUGACCCACACAGAGAUCUCACCAGAACAGCAAUUUGACAAAAGUAUACAGAAACUUCUAGCUACUAGGAUUGCAGUCUACCUGAUGACAUUUCUGAUCGUAACUGUGGCAUGGGCAGCACAUACCAGAUUGUUCCAGGUUGUUGGGAAAAUAGAUGAUACACUUGCCUUGCUCAACCUGGCCUGUAUGAUGACCAUCACCCUUCUACCCUACACAUUUUCUCUAAUGGUGACGUUCCCUGAUGUGCCCCUGGGCAUCUUCCUGUUCUGCAUGUGUGUGAUUGCCAUUGGAUCUGUGCAGGCACUGAUUGUCGGGUAUGCUUUCCACUUCCCACACCUGCUGAGUCCACAGGUCCAGCACUCUGCACACAGGGCCCAAUCCCGGCGGCAUAUCCUGCGUCUAGUCCUCCGCGGGCCGGCACUGUGCUUUGUUGCAGCUGUCUUUUCCCUCUUCUUCUUCCCCCUGUCAUAUGUGCUGAUGGUGACUGUCAUCUUCCUCCCUCACAUCAGCAAGGCUACUGCCUGGUGCAAAGAGAAGCUCAUGGGCCACAGGGAGUCUCCAGCUCACAACGUGGAGCCCUUCAGUAUUGACCUGCAUGCGCCCCUCAGCAAAGAACGGGUGGAAGCUUUCAGUGACGGUGUCUAUGCCAUCGUGGCCACACUCCUCAUCCUGGACAUCUGUGAGGACAAUGUUCCAGAUCCCAAGGAUGUGCAAGAGAAAUUCAGUGGCAGCCUUGUGACUGCUCUGGGUGCAUAUGGGCCACAGUUCCUGGCAUACUUCGGCUCCUUUGCUACAGUGGGUCUGCUCUGGUUUGCCCACCAUUCACUCUUCCUGCAUGUCCGGAAGGCUACACAGACCAUGGGGUUACUCAACAUACUGUCCCUGGCCUUUGUGGGUGGCCUCCCUCUGGCCUACCAGCAGACCUCAGCUUUUGCCCGACAGCCCCAUGAUGAACUUGAGCGUGUGCGCGUCAGCUGUGCCAUCAUCUUCUUGGCCAGCAUCUUCCAGUUUGCCAUCUGGACUGCAGCCCUGCUACAUCAGACAGAAACACUGCAGCCAGCUGUGCAGUUUGGUGGGCAGGAGCAUGCUUUCAUGUUUGCCAAGCUCGCACUGUACCCCUGUGCCAGCCUGCUGGCCUUUGCUGCCACCUGCCUGCUGAGCCGGUUCAGCACAGCCAUCUUCCACCUCAUGCAGAUUGCAGUGCCUUUUGCCUUCCUGCUGCUCCGUCUCCUUGUGCGCCUUGCCCUGGCAGGCCUUCAUGUCCUAUGGGAGCUCCGGCCACAGCACCCUCAACAAGACCAAGGUGAACCUGAGGCACAGUCUCAGCUCUUGCCUGCCCCCUGCUAAUGCGAAGGAAGCUACACCUGCCCAUCCCAGGCAUACUGUAAUGGAGAUGCUCAGUCGAAGUUUGCUGUGACCCUGGGGCUAUGGUUUUAUUGGCCUGGGUAUUGUGUACAUUGUGAAAUAUCAAGAUCUAUUUCAAAAGUAUGAACAUUGUUCACAUUUUGCAAUGAGAGAUUUCAUGGGAACUAAUUUUAUUGCUUUUACCUAUUUAUUUUCCUCUUCACUCUCUGUCCCCAACACUGCCAGGGGAAUUUACCUGUCUGAUUAACCUGAAUAAGAUGCUUGGGGCUGUCACCGAGGUCUUGUUUGAGGCAGUUAACACCUAGCCAAGAUCAAAGGACCAUCCCUUUUCCUUGCUUUGACCUGCAUGUGGCCACACAGUCCACCCUUCUGCUCAGAACCUUGGGGCAGUUGAGUCUGGGCUAAGUCAGGCUGAGAAGUUGCUGUCUGGUUCACAUCCCCACCAGUGCAGAGCUUCCCUGGGGGGACUGACAGUUUAUCUGCCAUUCCUGUACUAGUAGUUGGACAAAGACAAGAGGCAGUUACAGGACAGCACAAUGUAUUUGGCCCAGAUAUAAGUUAGAUCACAUUCAGGUAGUGAUAAAUUACACACAGAGACAGGACCAGUGCACAGGACACACUCCACAAAGGGACAGUCUCACUUAAAUACAGAGGACAUGCUACACUGACCACAAUUUACAAAUAAUUUCUAUAGACUGAAAUAAAAGUGAAAAACUACA